AAGGUCAAAAGUAUACUUGCAAUUAUAUGUACCGACUAACUUCUGGACGAGAGGGAAGAGUAUCCGAGAAGAAAAAUAAUAUUAUCCGUAAAGAAAUUGGAGUAUACUCGGAUACUGCUAAUCAAGAAUAUUCUGACACAGCUGGUCAAGAAUAUCUGAAUACAGCUGGACAAGAAGAUUAUCCGAAUACUUCUUGGAAGAGAACCGCCUGGAUACUGUUGGGCAAUAG